GCAUCCUGUGGUGAUACUACGUGAUGUUGAGUACAGUUGGUUAAAGGCUGUUGUAGAGUACAUGUACAGGGGAGAAGUUAAAGUACUCAGGAGUGAUGUUGACGGUGUAAUGAAGGCUGCAGAGGCACUACAGGUUCGAGGACUGGUUAAACUGGAACAACAGAAACAUGAGACAAAAAUAUCAUUGAAGACUAGCGAACAACAAAUCAGUCAAGGUUGGAUGAGUACCCCCACGGCCCAGGACCUCACCCUAGCAGCAUUGCCCUGCAAGAAGCGCAGACUAACCGGUUCUACUGACAGUUUAGCGCCACUAAUCCACACUAGAGAAUCCAAACCAGUUUGCCGGGAGUCAGCUGGUUUUCGAGAAACCGGUUUGCCAAUUACACGUGGAGUUUCUCCACAAGAUAUGUCCGAUAUCCGUCCAGAUAUACUUGAAAUGAUCAAAGAAGAACAGAAGGCUAAGAUGGUCGAAUUGUCCCAUGGUUGGAUGUCGUCUUCUACGUCUACUUCUCCAGGGUGCUCGAUGAACUAUCAAACACAACUACAGAAUAUGUGGCAAAAGUGCUGGAAUCAGAACUCAUCAGUUUUCCAGGGGUUGAGAUAUAGAGAACGCGGACCAAUGAAAUCCUGGAGACCUGAAACAAUGGCUGAAGCAAUAUGGUCCGUUAAAUAAACGGAGUAAUUAUAUUUAAAUUGUAAACUUUAUGUGAUAUAAUACAAACUUUGUAUUUAGGCGGCUCGAAAACAUGAUAUACCUUAUCCUACCUUCGUUCUCUACGCUAACAGAGUACACAACAUGCUUGGACCUUCAGUUCUUAACAGUCUUUCAGGAGGAGAUCUACGACCAAAGGGGCGAGGACGGCCUCAAAGAAUUCUGCUUGGACAGUGGCCGGAGGAUCAUGUCCGUCAUGUUAUCAGAGCAGUAGUCUUCCGUGACGGAGCCAUGUCAGAGACUCCACCCCCCGUCCUGAACUCUGAGACGCCGCCUCCAACCCAACCCAGCCUAGCAUCAGAAUCUAAAUCCGCCCAGGCAGUUUUUGAACUGCAAAUGAAGAACUUUUACAACAAUCCGUUGGCUUCUCAGCUCCUGGCUGCUUCUAGUAAGAUGUAUCAUCAGUUUGAAGAGGGUAGAUUAAUGUCCGGGUUUAUCAAACAGGAGAUAUCAGAUCCGUCCUACGAGGACGCAGAGGAGGACGAGACCAUGUCCUUAAGUAGGGACAAGGACCGAAGCAAGGACGGAAUACAAGCGUCCUCCCGGACAGGACGAGAUGGGGCUAUGGACGAGAAAAUGUUAAGUGGACAGGACGAACGGUUGAGUUCAAGAGAAGGAUGGAUAGGACAGGACGGGAGGAUAGAUGAGAGCAGUCAGAUCAAGGGUAUAGAUGAGCAGAGGGGUGAUCAAGGAGAGGACGGGUUUAAGAGUGAUGUCGGAGAACUAUCUCAGAGAAUAUCAGCGCUCUCUCAGGACGAAUUCAGGAAACGUUCCCAAGAAACUUCGCUAAACCUUGAUUCCGGGAGGUUUAAGGAAGAUACAGAGAAGUUCCGAGGAAGCAUCGGAAGGUUUAGUGAAGACGGAGAUAGGUUCAGUGCGGAGAGGGAGAGGUUCAGCGGAGUCGGUGAGAGGUUCAGUACAGAGAGUGAGAGGUUUGCUUCAGACACGGAGAGGUUUAAUCCGGAAGUAAUUCUAACCGAGCUAAAUAAGAAUAGUCACAGUAACAACAAUACCAAAGAUGUCUCUUCAAUGAGACAGAGUAUUCUGGCUCAACAGGAUCCGUCCUAGGUAAAUGCACUGUAUGUACAUUAUGUACAGUGACCUGAUCAAAGUCUAACUAUUCUUAAACCAGAGCUUGAAAAUUUAGAAAUUAUUAAACUUUGAAACUAGGUAUUGAGACCUGGUUUGAUUGUAGGACAAAUUUGUAAAUAUCAUUAUCACCACUAUUUAUAGUUUCCUAUGGUGUAUCUUCAUUGUACUGCAUCUUUGUACCGGAAUAGUUUUUGUACAAGGGUGCAUCUACAAUCUACAUAAACAGUGUACUGUGUACUUUGUUGUAAUAAAAUGUAGUAUUCUAUAGUGACACAUAGGACUACUAUAAAGUUAAUACAGGGUUUUAUAGGCUUAAGUCUAUACACUAGAGUCUGUAUAGUUUCAUGUCUACAAGACUAGUCCUAAAAAAGUUU